GAAAGGCAGGGCAUAUGUGCUGGAUGCUAUGGAAGCCCUCAGGAUGAAGAUACGUCUUUUUACUUUGAUGGCAGUGGUUAUUCUAUAGUGGAGAAGACCAUGCGAUCCACAUCAACACAGAUAGUCAUACAUUUUCGGACAUUCUCACCAAAUGGUCUCCUGCUUUAUCUUGCCUCUAAUGAAACGAGAGAUUUCUUGUCCCUGGAAAUAGUGGAUGGAAAGUUGAGACUGUCAGUGGAACUUGGUUCAGGACCUUUGAUAUUAACAACUGACGGACGUUACAAUGAUGGCAACUGGUAUAAAGUUGCUUUCCAACGGACCAAAAAGCAAGGUUUCCUAGCUGUUAUGGACUCCUUCAACUCCAGUAAUCGAGAGACCAACAGGGUGAACCACCUGGUACAGCAUCAGACUUGAAUAGGUCAGACAAAGAUCCCAUAUACAUCGGUGGCCUUCCUAGGUCCAGAGUGGUAAGGAGACAACUAGUCAGCAGAUCCUAUGUUGGUUGUAUAAGGAAUUUGGAAAUUUCAAGAUCAAACUUUGACUUGCUAAGAAAUGCUUAUGGUGUAAGAAAAGGCUGUAAAUUAGAGCCUACUCGCAGUAUAACUGUUCUUAAUGAAGGCUAUGUAGAAAUGCAGCCUGUGUCUUUACUCCCCGAGUCUGAGCUCAUGGUGUCGUUUUCCACUCUCAAUGAUACGGGCAUAAUUCUGGCUGGGUUUGGCAAAGCAACGGUGAAACGUAGUCGCAGGCAGGCUCAGCUGCCAUUUUUUGCAUUAAUGUUGGUAAACGGCCAUGUUGAAUUACACAUUAAUCCUGUGGAUGGAGCAAGCACAAGAAAAACAGUCAUUAAAUCACCUAAUGGGACCUAUAGUGAUGGUCAAGAACAUUCCAUUAUUCUCAUUCGUAACAAAAGGAUGAUAAGCGUGCAGGUUGAUGAAGGGAAACCAGCAGAGGUGAAACUCAAUGGUCCAUCUGUGGAUACGGCUUUGCCAUAAAUACUUCUAGUUUUUUCAUUGGCGGGGUGCCUGGGACAAUGGGCGCUACCAUGCUCAGGACAAGUCAGUCUUUCUACGGAUGCAUUCAGAAUUUGAUUUUAAAUAUGGAGCAAUUGGAUUUCACUAUGGUUAUUAAGUAUGAAAAAGUUCAAAUGGAUAGCUGCAUGCUAACAGAGAAGCCUGCUGUCAACAAUGAGGAACCAGACAUACAACCGACAGUAAUACCGUCUGUCACAGAAAAGAAAUUAUCUCUGACCACACCCAUACAGAAAUCCUAUGUCACUAAGGCAUUUGAGUGUGCACAAGAGGUGCUGCCUGGUCAUGUACCUGAUGCUCACCAGUUUGGUCUCACUACAGGAAGCCAUAUGAUCUUGCCUUUUGACCAGACUGCAGUCAGAAGAAAACUCUCUGUCCAGCUCAGUCUAAGGACAUAUGCCACAAGUGGCCUCAUCUAUUAUAUGGCUCACCAAAAUCAAGUCGACUAUGCUGCUCUACAACUCUAUGAUGGAAAACUUCACUUUUUAUUUGAUAUGGGAAAAGGAAGGACUGAGACCAUCCACCCAGUUCAGAUCAACGAUGGCAAAUGGCACAUGAUUUCCACUGAAUACAUUAAAAGAAAAAGUACCGUUACUGUGGAUGGUCAAGAAUCCACUUCAACCAGUACUCCUGGUGAGAGCAACAGUCUAGAUGUGGAAGGCAAGCUGUACCUGGGAGGACUGUCACUGAGCUAUACAGCUAAAAACAUUGGAAAUGUAACCCACAGUAUCCCAGCUUGCAUCAGCAAUGUUUCUGUUAACAGCAAACAGUUAAACAGAGAAGGAGCCCUUUCUAGAUAUGGUGUGACUAAAUGUUACAUAUCAGCACAACAAGGAACUUACUUUGAUGGGACUGGAUUUGCUGCUUUAGGUAAAUGCUAAUUACUUUCUAAAUAGUAUUUUGUCAUUGCUUUUGUAAAAGUUACUUUGCUAGGCUUGUUUAAGAAAGAAGUACAAAGUGCAAAGCAUAUCUAAAAUUGUAAUAUAUUGCAG